AUGCAACAACAACGCAGCCGACCGGCAGCUGCUUCAAUGAAUCAAUCACUUCGCCCUGACAACCAAUUUCCUCAACAACAUUAUAUGCUUUCACCACGCCAAGUGCUGGAAGGAUUCUCUCACCUGUCGGUUGGAGAUGGGAAUCCCCACCCCACGCUAGUUGACCGCCGCCAUGCAUCUCAAUCGUCGGUUUCGACCGUGCCGUCCUUGGAAUCCGAGUACAUUUCAGACACCACCUGGCAACCACCUAGCAGCAGUCUACACGUGCCCUCCCUCCAGGACGCGGCUUGGUGGUUAGAGCCUUUUGGAGACGUCCACCAUCCUCUACCGGAUGCAGACCUAUCUGCUGUCAAUGGAGAGUUGUCGCAAUUAGCAUCUCCGCUGGACGGUCUAAAGGUGCCGGGCGUACCCUACAAGGGACAAGUUGACACGAGGCUCGACCGCAAGAAAGAACGCAGGAGAGAACAGAAUCGACAAGCACAACGACGCCAUCGUGAACGAAGACAACUGAAUUUUUGCCUCACGCAGGGCAAGGUCAUCGAACUGCAGGCUGCCCUCUCGGCAGCCCUCGAGCAGCAGAAACUCGUCAAGCAGGAAAACAGCCACCUGCGGGGAAGGCUGGCGUGUCUGGAAGCCGAAGUCGACUGCCUACGACGGAGCAUGUCGCCGGCGACGUUCGAGGACAAGGGACUGGGUCUCGAGACGCCGUCCGACUUUGAACUGGGCACAUGA